AUGGAUUGGGACAGUCUCUUCUUCAACACGGCAGUCCUAAUCGCCGGGGUCUUUGUUCUUGACUAUGGUGCAGACAAAUUCAUCGAUCACACUGUAAUUGUAGGACAACGACUAGGCAUCUCCCCAACUCUCAUUGCCCUUUUGACUGCUGGGGCUGAAUACGAAGAGCUCGCUGUUGUUGUCGCUGCAAUCCUGCAAGGUCACACCCCUUUAGCCCUAGGAAAUGUCAUGGGAUCUUCAAUUUCCAAUAUCCUCGGUGCCUUUUCGCUCGGGCUUUUAUGUCAUCCAGGCGAUAGUCCCUUUGACAGUAGUGCGAAGAUAUACUCUGCACUCCAAUUCUUCAUCACGACUGUUUUCAUCAUCUUGGCAUACUUUCAUCAGCUGAAUAGAGUUACUGGUGGGCUUCUCAUCGCUCUCUUCGCCUUUUAUAUCAUCUCUAUUGGAUUUGCCAUCUAUAGAGGUAUCAGUGAACCGCCUCAGCUGUCGGACAGUGAAAGUGACAGUGACGACGAAUCAAUCGAUGUUCAUGGCGAACCAACAUUGGGGCAAAGUGCCGGGCAGUCAGCCUCGGAGUCUUCCCCUCUAUUAGGAGAUACAGAUGUGGACAAGAAAAAGAAAAAGCCUCCCCGACCGCUUUAUCAUCAUGUUAUCCAGCUUAUUUUCGGAUUGCUAGCACUCUCCUUGUCGGGGUACAUCCUUGCCCACAGCGCAGGUGCUAUCGCCAACUCUCUCAAUCUGUCAGGUACUGUCUUUGGAUUAACCGUGAUUGCUUUUGUCACAACCCUACCGGAGAAGUUGGUUGCGAUGCUCAGCGGAUUUCGUGGACAAGGAGGCAUAAUUGUUGCAACCACAGCAGGGAGUAACAUCUUCCUACUAACGCUAUGCGUCGGUGUUGUUGCGGUAGCGGGAAACCCCCUGGAUGGGUCAGAUACCUUUGUUCUGUUUGAUCUGGUGACAGUAUGGGUGUCCUCGCUGUCACUUGUUGUGGUCGUCUUUCUAGGACCCCACCGAAUGGCUGGCCUGGUACUUCUUGCCGCCUACGUGGUUUUCUUGGUCAUGGAGUUCACCGUUUUCAGGCGCUAG